AUGGCACACUCAUUGCAGUCUUUUUAAAGCACCACAGAAAGGGACGUGUCUCCAUAGGGGUGGAAAUCAGCCUAUGAAAAAGUGCACCAGACAGGACUUCUGCUGCAUCCACAGAAAGGUGACUGAAGCAAAGGCAAUUUAGACUUACCAGAAAUGUAAACAGUUGAAAAAAAUACCAUCACAACUGAGGAAAUUUUCACUUCAUAUAUUUCUUUCAUUGGCAUACACGUGGUGCUUCAGAUCAGGAAACCAUGAGCUGGUUUUCUCAAAUUCUGGAAAAUUGGAUCAGUUACCCUUAUUUGGAAGAAUAUCUGACCUCAUUGGUUCACCCUUGGUGGAUACUUAAGCUACUGAUUUUACUUUAUUCACCACUGAUAUGUUCGCUUUCAUUUUUCUGGGCUUUAUCAUUUCUGUUACAAAUUUACAGGAAGAUGAAUAACCAGCAAGAAAGUGAUGAUAGCAAAAUUUGGGAGAAACCAAGGAAACUUAUUGCUCAAGUUUUACAUAUAGCUGGAAAGAUAUGGUAUGGUUAUGAAGUUAUUGGCAUGGAACAUCUCCCUAAAGGACCAGGGGUUAUUAUUUUUUAUCACUCAGUCACUACUACUGACUAUAACUUUCUUGUGGCUAAAAUUUUAAAGGAACAACAGAGACUGUGCUAUUCAGUAAUUGAUCAUGCCCUAUAUCGGAUACCAGGGUGGAAAACAUUUUUUGAUGCGAUCAGGUUGAAAGAUUUCAGUAAAGAUGAAUGUGUGGAAAUUUUGAAGAAAGGCAAUUUACUGGGCCUUGCACCUGGUGGAGGUAGAGAAGCAAACUUUAGUAAUGACUACAACAUAAUGUGGGGUAAACGCACAGGUUUCGCUCGGAUAGCUUUGGAAGCAAAAGUGCCCAUCAUCCCUAUUUUUACACAAAACUGUGGUGAAAUAUUCAGGAACAUUGGAAAGACAAGGUUGACAAGAUGGUUAUAUGAGAAAACACGACUUCUCUAUCUUCCCAUGUAUGGAGGAUUUCCAGUGAAACUGAGAACAUAUAUCGGAGAACCCAUCCCAUAUGAUCCAAAUAUAACAGCUGCAGAGCUGGCUGAAAAGACAAAGACUGCAAUUGAAAAUCUUCGGGAUAAAUACCAAAAAAGGCCAGGAAGUAUAUUAAGAGCUAUUUCAGAACGAUUUGAUAAGCAUUACAAAACUAACUAGUCCAUAUAAAACCGUUGCAGUGUUUCUGACGAGAUGUCUGUAAUAGGAAGCAUUAAUAAUUAUGUUAUUAAAGCUAAAUUGAUAU